CUGACAUUUUUUGUUCUUCCCAGACUUUUAAAAUUAUUAUUGCAGACAUUUGAAAAAAGUACCUGGCAUCUCUGCAUUACUCAAAAAAAUCGAUCCCCCAAAAGUUCGAGAAUUUAGUUAGCUUUUUAUAGAAAGAUAUGACUACGUUAGAGGAUAAAAUCUUGGGUGAGAGAAUCCAUAACUAUUGUAGCAGUAGUGAAGGAGAAAGUGAAAAUGAAGAUGUUGGAAAAACUAGCACUAGCACGAAAUUACGAUUCGUCCCGGAAGAUAAACUAGUGGAGCAAACUCAUUGGUCUGGAAGCGCAUCAAAUACUGGUCCAAAAGGUGUUAUCAAAGAUUGGCAAAGGUACAAACAAUUGGAAUCAGAGAAACGCGAAUGUCAAGAUAAAGAGAAACUUGACUUGAUAAAAAAACUCAGUAUUACCACAUGCACUGAUUCUGCAAAUGAUAAGGCUAAAGAACAACAAAUUGAUGACGAGUUAGCGGAACUUUUAGAUGAGGAUUUUCUGUUGCAAUAUCAGAAAAAACGAAUGGCGGAAAUGUUGGCUAUUGCUGGAAAGUUUCCUUCAUUUGGCACCCUUGUAGAACUCCACAGUGGAGAUGAUUUCCUACGGGCAAUAGAUGACGAACAAUCAGCUGUAACAAUAAUAAUUCAUAUCUACGACCGCAACGAUAAGGCUUGCAAGAACAUGAAUGAAGCCCUAAUUGAUUUGGCUGCAGAAUAUAAAAAUGUUAAAUUUUGCAAAUUUUCGAGUUUAGCUGCAGGUGUAAGCAUGACUUUCAAAUCAAACGGGAUUCCAGCACUUUUAAUUUACAAAUCUGGAGAUAUGAUUGGAAAUUUCGUUCGCGUUACUGAUGAGUUAACUGAUGAGUUUGAUAGCUCCGACGUGGAAAGCUUUCUUACUGAAUUUGGUAUGCUACCAGACAAAUUAUUCAUAUCUGACACAAAUAUUAUCUCGAAAACUAAUUAAUAAUAAGUAAUUGCAAUAUUAAAAUGUUGAAUAAAUCUUACGUAAUCUUCCAA